GGUCCGCGCACGCGUCAGAUGCUCAGAAGCGCCCAAAGAAUUGAGUUUAUCUGCGUUGUCUCCGGCUGCCGACAAAUGCUCGAUUGAUAAGCAGGCGCUACAGCACUCGUGAUGGACGCACCGCCAGCGGCUGGCCCGGGUCCUCCGAACAGCACCCGGGCACCACUGACUUCCACACCCAGCCUCAGCCGUAUCCCCACGCUACAAGCUGGCCUGCGCAGUAGUAAUACGCGGUUACCAUCUCCACCAGUUAGCCCUGGUCUUAGCUCUCCGUCGACGCCGAACGCCAACGGCUUCGGCGGUGGACAGGGAAGCGGCAGCAACACCUGGACGGCAGGGAUGCUGGCCAGUAUGCGAGGCAGCAGUCCAACGCUGGCUUCAGCCGCCACAGCUGCCGAGCGUGAGCGUCGAGCCUCUGUCAGCAACUCCGUGUAUCUGGGGCAGCCGGCACCAUCGUACGGUCCCACCAGCAGCAGCACCGGCGCUACCACGCCUGGAGCAGCGGGAGCGGGAGCAGGACCACCGGGACGCCCAGGGCUGCCGCCCAGCCUGUCGAUGCCGCGAGGGAACGACAGCUCUAUACCGGGGCAGUCGCAUCGCUCAUCCCUCAGCGGCCGACCGCCCACACCCACUGGGUCAGGGCUGCGUUCAUCCAUCGGCGGCCCGCCCAGCGCAUCCAUAACGCUGGGCGGGGCAUUGGCAGCGUCUGGGAGCGGCCUCAUCCGCUCGGUGGACCUCUCGACGGCAGUGCCGCCGUCGGCUGCUGCGGCGACAGCUGCAAGUGUUGGAGCUGGCGCUUACUCGGACGCGGGCACAGGCCGCAGCCACAUCCAGGUGGCCGUACGCCUCAGGCCCUUGUGCGAGAAGGAGCGGCAGCGAGGUGACCGCGCUGUGUGGGGAGUGGACCAGGAGGGGAACGUUGGCAUGCUGGAUGCGGCCGGCGGCUUCAUCGCCAAGCACAGGUUUGACACAGUUUUUGGCCCCGACACCGACAACGCUCUGGUGGCCAGCAGCCUGGCGCUGCCGCUGGUGGCUCCGGCGCUGGCAGGCGUCAACGGCACCAUCUUUGCGUACGGCGUCACCAGCAGCGGCAAGACACACACAAUGAUGGGCACAGAAUCGGACCCCGGUGUAGUGCCACGCAUCGUGCGGGAGCUGUUUGCCCAGAUGGAGGCGGCGGGGUCGGCCCGGCUGUUCCGAGUGCGCAUGUCAGUCAUGGAGAUUUACAACGAGGUCCUAAACGAUCUGCUCGACCCCACGCGUACCAACCUCAAAGUCCGUGAGGACGCUCGCAGCGGGAUAGUCCUGGUGGAUGGACUGUUGGAGGCGCCGGUGGCAAGCGCGCAGGAGGCGUUGGGCCUUAUAGCGCGCGGCGACCACAACCGCAAGGUGUCCGCCACCGCCUUCAAUGAGGACUCCUCGCGCUCUCACACCAUCACACGCAUUACCGUGGAGUCAGCCCCUGCGCCUGCAGACGCGGGCGCCGACGCCAGCACGCCCGGCACACGUGGCCCCGGCAGCAGCCGGCUGGUGUCCUGCCUGUGCCUCAUUGACCUGGCAGGCUCGGAGAGCGCGAGGGCGGUGGUGAGCAAGGGCCAGCGCAUGGAGGGCUCCUACAUCAACCGCUCGCUGCUGACGCUGGGCACAGUCAUCCACAAGCUGGCGUCGGUGGAGGGCCGAGGCGCCGCCGGAGCCGCCGGCCACAUCCCUUUCCGCGACUCCAAGCUGACGCGCCUGCUUCAACCGAGCUUGUCCGGCCCUGGCGCCCGGGUGGCGGUGGUGUGCAACGUGACGCCGGCGGGCGGACAGAGCGAUGAGACCGCCAACACGCUCAAGUUCGCAGCGCGGGCCAAGCUGGUGCAGGUGACGGCCCGCGCCAACGAGCUGCUGGACGACCGCGCGCUGCUGCGGCGCUACCAGAAGGAAGUGGCGGACCUGAAGCGCCAGCUGGCCGAGGCGCGGCGGCUGCUGAUGGAGGCAGGCAUCAGCCCCGGACCCGGCCUGCGGCUGCUGGGCGCGGAUGCGGGCGGCGGCAGCGUGUCAACAGCGCUGGCAGACGCGGCUAUGGCGGCGCCGCCGCCGGAUGAGGAGGCGGCGGCAGCGCUGCAGGCGGAGCGGGAUGCGCGGCGCGGGGCGGAAAUGGAGGCGAUGAUGCUCAAGAUCAAGCUGGCGCGGCUGCAGGUGUUUGUGGAGGAGCGGGGCGGCAAUGUAGAUGAGGUCAUGUUUGGUGGCAGCAGCACGCCCACCGGCGCAGGCAGCAGCUCUGGCAUGAUGGGCGCAGGGGGCGCGGACGGAGCGUCGUCGCUCCUCACGGCCUCCGCCUCGGAGCACCAGCUGGGCGGCGGCCGGCAGUCGCUGCUGCUCACGUCCGCAGGCGAGGAGCUGAUGUACCCACCCGGACACAUGCGCCACAUCGCCAGCAGCCCUGGCCUUACCGGCGGCGUGAACGGGCCCGGAGCCGAGGCAGGUGUGGGUGGUGAAAGCGGCUGGAGCACGCCGGGGCCGGCCUCCGGGCCGAACACGGAGGGUGGCUGUGCCGCAGCAGGGCUGCGGGUCCAGGAGGUGCCUGCGGCACGGCCGUCGGUGACCGGCCGCCGCGUGUCGGAGAGCCGCAUUCCAGCGGGGCCGGGCGUGCAGGGGCUGGGCUUGCCGGUGUGGAGUGAUGAGCCCGUGGACCGGGAAGGGCGGCCCGUCUUGGGCGGCAGCGCGUCCAAGCGGGCGCUGGGCUCGAGCCUGUUGGACCAGUUGGGCGGCGAGGCGGCACCCACCAUUACGGCACGUGGCUCGGACUCUGCGGGCGAUGUGGGUGAUCUGCGGCAGCAGGUGGCGGCGGCGCUGGGCGCGGGCGGGGUGGCGGCCAGUGGGGGCGGCAGCCCCGAGUCCGAGGGCGAGGAGGAAGACUUCAACGUCAACGACGGCCUUAUGUCUCAGAUCCAAGACAUGAUCAAGGACGCUAAGGUUCCCACGCUAGCCAGCCCCAGCGCGGCCAGCGUCUCACGCUCUGAGGUCUUCAGCACGCACCACCACACCGCUCAGCCGCCGAAGUCUCCAUCCUCACACCCCGCCCCGCCCGGUCGCGGCGCCGGCCCACCCGCCACGCCGCCGCCGCCCAUCCGCACCAACUCUGCCAGCGGCCUGGGUAGCGCGGGUAUGGGCCUGGGCCCCGCCUCGGUCUCAUCCCUGGCCCGCCGCUCCAACACGCUGAGCCCCACCAGCAGCUACGCGGGCGGCAUUGACGCCGAGUUCGACCGCGACUUGGAGCUGCAGGUGCUCAACGCCGACCGCGAGGUGCUCCACGACCAGCUGGUGGCCAGCGAGGCCGCCAACGAGCGCCUCACCACGCAGGUUGAGAACCUGCGGCGGCAGCUGGGCUCAUACGAGGUGCUGACCAAGCAGGCGGCAGGCGAGCUGGCGGACAUACGGCGGCUGAAGGAGGCGUUCCAGAAGCGGCUGCAGCGCGAGAACGACGCCCUCCGGGCGCAGCUGGUGUCGCUGGGUGCGGUGCCGGUGGUGCCGGUGCAUGUGGCUCAAGGCAGCGCUGCGCGGGGCGCAGCCAGCGUACAAGGGCAGGGGACUCCUUUUGCUGGCGCCACGGGCUCGCACGCACAUGCUCCCCCACACGCACACGCCAACGUGGCGUCGCGCUUCGGUCAGAACCAGCCUUCCAUCAUGCAGACCGUGCAGCAGCAGAUGCAGCAGCAGAUGCAGGUGAUGCAGCAGCAAGGAGUCCACAGCCUGGCUGCGUUUGGCUCGCCGGCGCCGGUUGCGCAGAUGCCAGGACUGCAUGGCACAAGCGGUGCAGGGCUGGCGUCCGUUGCCGCCACGCCCACGCGGCCCACCGCGCCAGUAGCGCAUCCGUCUGCAAGCCAGUCCUCGGUGGGCAGCGGGCGGCAGCGGUCCUCAGGCAUUCCGAAUGCAUCGGCAGGAGGUGGGGAUGCCGGCGGUGUCGGAGGAGGGUCUGGACUGCUCUCAGAGCCUACGCUGUCUCAGCUCGUGCUGCCGCGCGGGGCAAGCGACAGGGAGAACGGCGGCGCUGCGGCUGGGCCUUCUGGCACUGCGGUUGUCAGUCCGCCGGGCGCGGCCACAUCAGAUGUGUCGUCGGUUCGCUCCUCGGCAGAUGACGCGGCGCUCCUGGCCAUGUUGGAACGUGAGGUGCAGGAGCUGCAGCUGGAACAACAACAGGAGGAGCAGCCGCAACAGUCGCAGCAGCAGGGCAAGGGUGUGCACGGCAGUCCUGAGGCUCGGCAGCAGGCGAUUGAGGCGGUGCACAGAAUCGAGGCCACUGUCAAGGGUAUGAUCAAGGAUCGUGAACGCAUUUGAGCAGCGCUUGGAGCGAUGAGGUAGCCAAGCUUGUGUGGAGUCAAGUUUGAGGGCGCGACCUUUCAAUGUCGCGCGUGUGGGGGCGUGGAGUGCAGAUAACUAUCGACUGGGUAUUCAUCUAAACAGAGAGCAGUGAUACAUACUGACCUACGUACGCGUGCUUUGCAUCCUGGUCAGUGUGAGAGAAUAGAGAAGGAUAGUUCAGGCGUUCUAGAUUGCAUGGUACGGUAACGUGUGUCCAAUUGGACACCGUCGGUCGGGCGUCACCAUUAAACACUUUAUACGCUUGCUAGCCUAUGCGUGCCGUGUCUGCGCGUGCCAAUCAGUUCUGAGCGCCUCUUACACUUGCUGUGAGCGCCUUCAGCCACAUCAUGGCUGCGGUUGGUGGCACCCUAACCUCAGUUGCGGCCAGAUGACGCCAUUGCAGUAAUGCAGACUGACUACGGUACUCUUAACAGCAUUCAUCAACGGUAAUCAGCCCCAACCUGCGGCCUUCUACAAGUUCUGCGGCCUGGCAAGACCACACGCGGCCGGCGCACUGUAAGGGCGAUAUUGCGCUCGCUGCUCCCGUGCCGUGCCUUCAUCAUCCUGCCGCACCACUGCCUGCGCGUCAGUGCCUGCUCACCAUCACCGCCAGUGCCGCCAACAGGUAGGGGCCCGCAUCGCCCUGCCAUGCACGCACCCUCGCCCGUACGUAAAGCCAGCACCAUGCAGUAUGCGUUCGCAAUUACGCACUAACCAUCACAGUCGCUUGUAUACCCGUCUUGCGAGUGCUCCCCCACCAAGGGGUUCCCACCAAGACUCGCAUGCACGUGCAUAAGUGCUAUGCAGCUGUUGUGGUCGUGUUAAUGGAGGUAGGUCGGUGACGGUCACUGAUGUUAUAAUAGGACACCGGUCAUUGCUGGGGGCUGGGGACUUGGCAUUGCCAGGCGCUGCAAAGACCUCUCACAAUAAUACACUGUCGUUCCGUGACGAGCAUUGGGCGGAUUCCCAGGUCCGGGCGGUCGCAAGGAUGUAUGAUGCCUGCACGAGCGAUGCAGGAUUGAACUCUUCACGG